AUGUGUCCUGCAAGUCUUCUCCGGUUGACACGUCUACUGCAGCUCUCCGUAGUUGGUUUCUUAGUAUUGUUGAAUCCCACAAGUGUUUCACCAGCCAGUAUAGCAUGUUCCACCUCAGAACCCAGCAACAUCCGACGAGCACUUGCUUCCAAUUUCACCAAUAUGGACAGUGGGCAAGUAGAUGAUCAACUUCCUGAUGAAUGCUUGAAAAAGAUUAAACAUGACCCCAAUCUUCGAAGUUUCUUCAAAUUGUUGGAUGCAGGCUUCUUCAAUGAUUCAAAGGAGCUAGAGGUUGAAAAGGCAGCAAAAGAGUUCAAUCUUCCAAUCAUCAGAACAAACAGAAAGUUGGUAGCUUCUGAAAAUGGAGGACUUCACAAUCCAUCUUAUCUGGUCUUUGAUUCCGCGUGGCACAAAGAAAGUAUACCACAUUCGACCAACAAGUUCAGUUAUCCAUAUGUUUCAGGUGUCAGGAGACCAAAAAAUGAUGAAGAUAUAGCUUUCAUGACUAUUCUUGAACUGGGGCAACUCAUUAAGACACAACAAAUUACGUCUGAAGAACUAACUGGGAUCUUCUUAAAGAGACUAAAAAGGUAUGGACCUGUCCUUGAGUCUGUCAUCACCAUUACUGAAGAAUUAGCGUACACGCAGGCGAAAGAAGCAGAUCAACUUCUUGCUGAUGGCAAUUAUCUAGGCCCUCUCCAUGGGAUCCCAUAUGGAUUGAAGGAUAUUAUUGCUGUUCCUCACUACAAAACAACUUGGGGCUCAACGACAUUUAAAGAACAAGUUCUUGACAUUGAAGCUUGGGUUUACAAAAGGUUGAAGUCUUCUGGGGCGGUUCUGGUUGGAAAACUUGUUACUGGGUCAUUGGCAUAUGAUGAUAUCUGGUUUGGAGGUAGGACAAGGAACCCCUGGAAUAUUGAGGAAUAUUCCACUGGGUCGUCUGCUGGACCAGCUUCUUGCACCUCUGCAGGUUUGGUUCCAUUUGCGAUUGGAUCAGAAACGGCUGGAUCAAUCACUUACCCUGCUGCUCGCUGUGGGGUGACUGCAUUGCGCCCAACCUUUGGAACUGUUGGUCGAACUGGUGUGAUGAGCAUAUCUGAGAGCUUGGAUAAACUAGGCCCUUUCUGCAGAAGUGCAGCAGACUGCACAAUUGUUCUGGAUGCAAUUCGAGGGAAAGAUCCAGAUGAUGUUUCAUCCCGAGAUAUAUCCCCGAUAGAUCCAUUCUCAGUUGACAUAUCAAAGCUAACUGUAGGAUAUCUUGAGGAUGCUGAGAUGGACGUUGUCGAUGUUCUUAAAUCGAAGGGAGUCAACAUGGUUCCUUUUAAGCUAAAUUACACAGUUGAAUCAGCUCAAGGCAUCUUGAAUUUCACAAUGGAUGUGGACAUGCUGGCUCACUUUGAUGAGUGGCAGCGGUCUAACCUGGAUGAUCAAUAUGAGGCUCAGGAUCAGUGGCCACUCGAACUCCGGCGAGCCCGUGUUGUACCUGCAGUAGACUAUGUGCAGGCACAGAGAGCGCGAGGAAAACUAAUACGUGAAGUCAAAGAAAAUUUCAAGGUCGACGCAUUUGUGGGGAACGUAACAGACUGGGAAAAGGUCUGCGUGGGUAACCUUGUGGGCAUGCCUGUUAUUAUUGUUCCAACAGGAUUCAAGAUGAUAUCGGAUCCACCAACAAAAGACACAAGGAGGAGGACUACCAUCACUACUGGUAUUUAUGCUCCACCAGAGCAGGAUCAUAUUGCAUUGGCGUUGGCAAUGGCUUAUCAAUCAGUCACUGAUCAUCACAAGCAACGCCCGCCAAUUGAUGAUCUUGGACCUGCUUGGAUUCGUGGAAUGUAUGUCUUGAUACUGUUGAUUGAUGUUCUCUAUGGCAAAUCCAACCAGCAAUCAGAGAAUUUGAAUUUUGAGAUAUCUGUUUUUUCAUUUAUCAACCUGUCCUUGUGUUGUUUAUCAAAGCUCUGGUUGAUAUCGCUGUCUGAUUUGAGGUCCUUUUGUUUAGCUGUUGAGAUGGCAUCAGCAGCUGGAACUUGGCUGCGAGGAAGAGUGAAAGCUGUUCCAUCCGGUGACAGUUUGGUGAUAGUUGCAAACUCCAAGGCUGAUAUCCCCCCAGAGAAAACUAUUACUUUGUCCUCCUUAAUGGCACCAAAAUUGGCUCGGAGAGGUAGCGUUGAUGAGCCAUUUGCAUGGGCAAGUCGAGAAUAUCUGAGGAAUCUUUGCAUUGGAAAGGAAGUGGCUUUUACAGUGGAUUACACAGUGCCUUCCAUAGGCCGAGAAUUUGGCUCUGUUGUCCUGGGGGACAAACAUGUCGGAUCCUUGGUUGUCUCUGAAGGCUGGGCCAAGGUUAGGGAGCAAGGGCAACAGAAAGCGGAAGUUAGUCCGUUCUUGGCAGAGUUACAACGCCUCGAAGAACAAGCAAAGCAACAAGGUCUUGGGCGUUGGAGCAAGGCACCUGGUGCUGCUGAGGCAGCUAUCCGGAAUUUGCCCCCCUCAGCUAUUGGUGAUCCUAGUAACUUAGAUGCCAUGGGGCUUCUGGCUGCAAAUAAAGGGAGACCAAUGGAAGCUAUAGUCGAGCAGACUCGUGACGGUAGCACGCUCCGUGUCUAUUUGCUUCCAGAUUUCCAGUUUGUGCAGGUUUUUGUAGCUGGAAUCCAGGCUCCAUCAAUGGGUCGAAGGGCUGCACAAGAAGUAGCCGUAGAGUCUGAAGUACCCUCUGAUGAACAAAAUGGAGACUCGUCCACUGAGCCUCGAGCACCUCUAACGUCAGCUCAAAGGCUUGCAGCCUCGUCAGCAUCUAUGACUGAAGUUGCUCCUGAUGCAUUUGGAAGGGAAGCGAAACAUUUUACUGAGAUGCGUGUUCUGAACAGAAAUGUGAAAAUUGUGUUGGAGGGUGUGGACAAAUUUAGUAAUUUGAUUGGUUCUGUAUAUUAUUCAGAUGGUGAUUCAGCAAGGGACCUGGCAUUGGAGCUUGUUGAAAAUGGUUUAGCCAAAUAUGUGGAGUGGAGUGCAAGCAUGUUGGAGGAUGAUGCCAAGAGGAAGUUGAAAAGUGCAGAACUUCAGGCAAAAAAGACCCGUUUGAGACUCUGGACAAAUUAUGUGCCUCCGGCAACCAAUUCAAAGGCAAUUCAUGACCAGAACUUCUGUGGGAAAGUCGUGGAGGUUGUCAGUGGUGAUUGUAUUGUUGUAGCUGAUGAUUCAGUGCCAUAUGGUGAUCCAUCAGCGGAACGACGAGUUAAUCUCUCAAGUAUCAGAUGCCCCAAAAUUGGGAAUCCUCGUAGGGAUGAGAAACCUGCUCCUUAUGCCCGGGAAGCCAAGGAAUUCCUGAGGACACGCCUACUGGGGCGCCAGGUGAGUGUUUCCAUGGAGUAUUCCAGGAAGGUUAGUAUGGCUGAUGGAGCUGUGGUUCCAGCUGCUGGAGCCGAUUCUAGGGUUAUGGAUUUUGGAUCAGUUUUCCUUGCUUCUCCAGCCAAGGAUGGAGAUGAUGCUCCGGCUGCAACACCUGCGGCAGGCAGUCCGCCAACAGGAGUGAAUAUUGCUGAGCUUUUAGUUGCCAGGGGCUUUGCAUCUGUCAUCAGACAUCGAGAUUUUGAGGAGAGGUCGAAUUAUUAUGAUUCCCUCCUCUCUGCUGAAUCUCGUGCAAUUGCUGGGAAGAAGGGCAUCCAUUCUGCAAAGGAUCCUCCUGUUAUGCACAUAACAGAUCUGCUAACCGCUUCAGCAAAGAAAGCUAGAGAUUUCUUGCCAUUUUUGCAACGUAAUAGGAGGAUGCCUGCUGUUGUGGAGUAUGUCCUCAGUGGUCAUCGAUUUAAGCUGUUCAUUCCUAAGGAAACAUGCAGCAUUGCUUUUUCAUUCUCUGGAGUUAGGUGUCCUGGUCGUGACGAGCCUUAUUCUGAAGAGGCAAUUGCAUUUAUGAGACGGAAGAUAAUGCAGAGGGAUGUUGAGAUUGAAGUGGAAACUGUUGAUAGAACUGGUACUUUCCUGGGAUCUCUAUGGGAGUCCAGAAGUAAUAUGGCUGUUGCACUUUUGGAAGCUGGCUUGGCAAGGCUUCAAACUUCCUUUGGUACUGAUCGGAUUCCAGAUGCUCAUCUACUAGUGCAGGCUGAGCAGUCUGCGAAAAAGCAGAAAUUGAAGAUAUGGGAGAAUUAUGUAGAAGGUGAAGAGGUUCCGACCAGCAAUCAAGCUUCUUCUGAAAGGAGGCAGAAGGAAGAAUUGAAGGUGAUCGUCACAGAAGUCCUGGGAGGUGGCAAAUUUUAUGUUCAGUCAGUUGCUGAUCAGAAAGUGGCCUCCAUCCAGAGGCAGCUUGCAGCUUUGAAUUUUCAAGAAGCUCCUGUGAUUGGUGCCUUUAAUCCCAAGAAGGGGGAUCUUGUUCUUGCCCAGUUCAGUGCAGAUAAUUCCUGGAAUCGAGCAUUGAUUGUUAAUGCCCCUCGUGGUGCUGUUGAAUCUUCUAAUGACAAAUUUGAAGUAUUCUAUGUUGACUAUGGAAACCAAGAAGUUGUUCCAUACAGCCAACUCCGACCCAUCGAUCCUUCUGUUUCCUCCGCACCUGGCCUCGCGCAGCUAUGCUCUCUUGCAUAUAUGAAGGUCCCAAGUCUUGAAGAGGAUUAUGGGCAAGAAGCAGCUGUACGCUUGAGUGAGUACUUGCUCAGUUCUCCUCAAGAAUUCAGGGCUGUGAUUGAGGAGCGUGACGUGUCUGGAGGGAAAGUCAAAGGACAAGGAACUGGAACUAUCCUAAUGGUGACCUUGUUUCCUGCGGAUGGUGAAACCAGCAUAAAUGCAUCCAUGUUACAGGAUGGACUUGCUCGGUUGGAGAAGAGGAGGAGAUGGGAACCGAAAGAUAAGCAGCAAGCCUUGGAUGAGCUCGAAAAAUUCCAGAGUGAGGCAAAGACCAAACGGUUCGGAAUGUGGGAGUAUGGAGAUAUUGAGUCUGACGAUGAGGACUCGGGUCCUCAGGCGAGGAAAGCUGCAGGAAAGCGGUGA